GCGCCCGAAAUCAUUAUGCUGAACACGAGCCGAACAAUUUGGAGUGAAACAAAAAAUCGAUCGCACCCGAGUGGAUUUAAAAUCUACAACGAAAAUGUGAGCGCAUGCAAGUUUGAUCGGCUGAUCCGAACUGUGUGAUUAUUCGGCUGUUGAGCGCGUACGAAUUUUUUUUCAAAGCUGUGCAAAUCGUAUAUAAACUGAGCAAAAUUCCUCCAAAUAUUGACUACAAUAAUUUUAACAAGAUGCGCUGCAUACUCGUAUUGGUUCUCGUAGCUUUGAGCUUCGUGAGUACUGCUCCAACAAGAAAUAAUCUCAAAGAGGAUUUGACAAAGCUUGCUAACGAGACUACAAUAUUGUAUGAGCGUGCAAUUUUAAAAUGCCACAUAAUAGCUUGUCAAAAAGUAGUUGACAAUAAGAAUAAUAAGCAAACGGAUAUUGAGAAGGUGCAAAUGUAUCUGAAUAAGUUAGUUGAUUGGGAUGAAACUUGGCCCAAAAACGCCCAUAAAUUCUCCGUCGAAAAAAUGGAAGGCAGCACUAACAUUUUUAUCAACAUACCAAGUGACACUUUGAACAAUUUGGUAAAUGGUGACAUGUCUGAAAUCAACUUAAGAUGCGAUAAAUUAAGAACACAAAUACUUGAUGAAUUCGAAGCUAGAGCUACUGAAAUUAUUCGUUCUUAUAGGGAAGCUGGAUAUACUGAUGCUAAAAUGGAUGAAUGGUAUAAUAAAUUUCUUAAAAAUCGUGAAUCCGAAAUUUUUGCAUUGCUAUCUUAGUUCUUAAAAGACAAAACGUUUUAAAAUAAAGCAAACAAUCAAAAA